UACAGGGACUCUGGUCUGCACCCAGAGGUAGGCGCACAUUAGUCCACCCACCUUACAUCAGCAAGGGAAGCCGGUGCGUUUCCUCCCCUUCUUUCUCUAAAGGAAGCGCAAAAAUAAGCAUCGGCGGCCGAGCGCCCCAGCACGGACACGCUGUUGUGCUAGUUGGAGGAGACCAACCAUGAGGGCCACCAGGGUUCUUGUCCUGCUGCUCGCCACUGUCCGUGUCUUCAGUCCAGUUUCGUCAUCAGACCCACUGAAUGACCAACAAAACAGCACAGCAUCCAUAACCACAAAGCCGCUAUCAACAGAUGGACCGCCCACGACGGCGUCAUCAAUGGCUGCAGCUCCAACAAACUCCUCUGCUUCCCAAAACACCAACAUGACAAUCCCAGACAACGUAUACCCCGUCCAUCCAGCAGUCACUGACAAUACUUCUUUAUCGAUGACCAACGUUACUGAAGAACCUAGUUUAUCCACCAAAUCACCAGUUUUGACCAAUGGAACUGCUGAGCCUGGAGGUGUUUCCUCACCAAACCCAACCACCAUGACUGUUAAUGAGACCAGAGAUGCUCAAGGUGUAACCCACUCUGCAGUGACAGUAAAAACACAUUCCACAGAGAAGCCACAUGACAUCGGGGUGAAGGAGAAGAAAACUGCUGAGGGAGGUGCCGACCGAAGGCUUUGGUGGCUUGUUCUGCCUGCUGUUGUGAUCGUAGGAGCUGCUGGAAUCUUCUUCAAAUUUAAAAGCAAGAAAGUCCACCACCACACAGAGACCAUUGACACUGGAACUGAGAACGCAUCUUUCCAGAGCAGACCGGAAAGCAGCAAAGAUGGCGUCAUGCUCCUCGGGGUGAAGUCAUCAGGCGGCGAGGAACACGCUGCUGCCAGAUAAAAACAGAGCAAGCAGUGGAAGAGUCGCGGGCGUUGCCUUCUCUGGGGGAUCAGUUAAGGGAUGACUUCAUCUUUUUGGCUUUUUUUUGUAAAUUAGGUACACGUUUAGUCAAUCGGGAGAAAUUUUAUGCCAUCUUCCUGUGAACUGAGGACACACGUUUAGGGGAAAUAAUACUCCAAACAGGAAAACGGCAGCAAAUUUGUUGUAUAUGUGGAUCCACAAGCCUGAUUCCUGAUUCCUCACUGUUAGAAACCACAGCUCAUCUCAAAACACUCGUCAUCCUUUGGGUUUGUUGUCCUGUUUGUUACUCAGGAUGGAUUUUCUUUUCAACUUCUUUUUAAACACAUUUGAAACGGAGUCCGUUUGUUCCCUCUGUACUGAUGUUGGGGUUUUGUUUGCUGUAAGAACAUUUUCUGUAUAAAAAACACAGCAAUGCAGUGGCUCAGAUUCAGAUCAAUGUUUUCACUGUAAAACCUUGAAAUUGCUUUGUGUUUAAAGGUUUAAAAAACACUACUGCCAGUCUGAGUUUCCAUAAUAAACUGCUGGAGAAAUA